AUGAGCUACAACUAUGGCAACAGCGACGAUGACGACUGCGAGGGCGACUGCUUCGGCACCAAUGAAGGAGCCCGCGUAAACGUUUACUCUCAACCACUCAUCACUCUCCACAUGCUCCAGUGGACUGGCAACUCGCCACUGCCGUCGCUCUGCAAGGGCGAUUCCGGCCACCGGAACACCGGAUUGUCCUGCCAAGGCUUCAACAGUCUGUUCUAUGACGCCGUCUACUGCAAGUACUGCGGCCGUGUAAUGGGCAAGAAGUCUGGCUAG